AUGACAGAUGACUGCAGAAAAACAUAUGAGAGAUUUCAAGAGGAAGAAACAACAACAAUUAAACAAUUUCCAUCAACCUCUAGUAGUAACAUGGUACAACCAUCAUCAUUCUUUCCGAUAGAAAAUACGAAACUAUUGGAAACUCCAGACGAAACUGAUGAUUCCUUUCAUCUAGUCAUUCCAUCAAACAAAUUAAAAGUUAGAUUCUCUCAAGAAGAACAAGCAAAUUCAUCAGCAACAACAACAACUUUGGAUAAUAAUUUUUCGUUAUCCACUUCAACAGUUUUAGAUUCGAAUAGUACAAGCAGUUGUGGAGAAAGUACAAGUGUCAAGAGUUUUCAUGAAGACGAUGACGAUGACACGAUGAUUAAAAUCAAUACGAAUAAUAGAUUGAAACAAAAUUUCCUUGAUGCUGAUGAUGAGGAAGAAAUUAUAGACGAAACUCUGGACGAAUUUAUGGAUGAUGAAGAUAAUUUAGGAUUAUCCAUCAAAACCAAGUCAUUACCAUUAUCAAGUACUAGUGUAAUGCCUCCAAAAGCUGUGGAUAAUAAUAAUUAUUCGAAACCUUUCCUGCUAGAUUCACCACAACAUCAAUCUCCUUGCUUUAAUUCGAAACUCAAAGGACAUUCUAAUAACAAUAGUAGCAACUAUAAUGCUUCAUCAUCAGCAAUAACAACAAAUUUAACUUUCGAACAACAACAAACAACACCAAAACGAAACUUUAACAAACAUUUGAGAAAUAUGAGUGAUAUUUCCGUUUAUUCCAACAUGUACGAUGAUGAAUUGGAUCCCUCUCUCAUUCCUAAAUAUUUCAAUGAUCAAGAUGAUGAACUAGAGGAUGAUUUCGAAUAUAAUGAAAGAUUAUACAGUUGUAAUAAUGGAGGAAAUGGUGGAAAUAAUCAUCAUUCACUAUCUUUAUAUGAUGAAGAUGAGGAUGAUGAGUUAGAGAAUGGUGAUGAUUUGAAAUUAUCAUCAUUUCUUCCUAAUGGUGGUUUGAAAUCAUCUUUUAAUGAUGAAUUUUUAGAUCAAGAUUUGUCCGAUGAUGAAUUUUCGUCCAUUUUCGUCAAAGUGAAUACGAAUAUCAAGAAACAAGUGAAUAAGAUUGGAGGUGAGGAAACUAGACCUGAAGAAAUUCCAACAGUUUCAAAUGAUGAAGAUUUGACAAUAAUUUUUGGGAAAAAGAUGAAAAUGCCAAGAAGAAGCAGUCAAAGUGGAAAAUCAAAUGUUGGAAUUGUAAAAUUCUAUGGAUCUAGAGAAGGUAGAAAUAGAUCCAUUUCUGAUGUUUCAACUACUCUAGCUCAAAUACCGAUUAGUCAAUUGACUCGUUCUGCAAUUACUCCUUCAAAUGAUGAUGAAUGGAAUACUGAUCAAUUGUUGAUUUGGAAUUCGAGAAAUUCCUCAGAGAAACACUUGAGAAUGAGAGCUGAGAGUAUUAAAUUAAUGGAAAAUCUUGGAAUUGACAAUAGUAGUAGCAUAACCUUUGAUACUCCAAAGAAAGUAUCAGAAAUUACACUCGAGAGACAAAGAAUUGCCUUCCUCACCAUGUAUUCAUCGAGUCAUAGAGCUAAAUUCCAAGAGGAAUCAUCUCUUGUCAUUCAAUCUCUAUUCAGAGGUUAUGUGGAAAGAAAAAAGUCAACCAAGGGCCUCGUAUUUAUGAGCUACAUUUGCACAGCUGCCUUUGGUAAGGUCAAUAGAAUGAGAAGAGAACGCACCAUGAACAGUAUUGAAACCGUACAGGCCAUACUUCUUGGAUCUCAAACGAGAAGACAAUUCCACUCUGAAAAAGUCUCUCAACAACCUCACACUUCUUCCACAAUUGGUAAUAUUGUUAAUACUUCUAGUUGCAAUAAUUCCUCGAUCAAUUUAGAAGAAAAUGAAUCCAAUGUAAAUAAUAACAUCACGAAUCAAGAAUCAGAUAAUGUAAAUAACAUUUCCCUCACAAAUUCCACAACAAGUGUCGGUAGCAGUACUUGUUCCAUCACUUCAGAUUCAAAGAUCACUGCUACACCUCCUCAGCCAUCUAUACCAAUAAUUCCACAUAAUAUCAAUGAGGAACAACUCACUCAACUGCAAGCACUAUGUAGAGGACGGAUUUACAAACUCUCUAACCAGGUGAGAAACUUUAAGAUUAACAAACGAAUUCAUCUACUCACAAAGAGUCAUCCUCUGAUACGGGAGACUUACAAGUGCUUUAUGGAUAUUAUUGUAGGAAAGUGGAGCUUGUCAAACAAGCAGAAUAUGACCUUUUUGGAUGAAAAGACAACGAAUAUCAUUGCUGGUUCUCAAAAAUUGUAUCCAGCUCUGUUAGAAAAUUUGUACCAACUCAUAUCUUGUAAUACAAAGAACAAGUACUGGGUCAUGAGAAGAUCUCUCUAUGAUUUGAUGAGCGAGAGCAGUAAUCCUGAAUUCGAGGAAAUUCUUGAAGCUUUUAAUCAAUUUUCUCCUUCGCUGAAAAGCAAAAAUUUGAAUGAAACUGAUACAGAGACAGCACAAAUGAAAUUAUUGAUUGAAUUCCUUUUGGAUCAAGGUAAUGUGCUGCCGAAAAUCCUCAUGCAAUUGAUGCUUCCAGAGCAAAUCUAUAGAAAUUCGACUGACUUCUUCCAUAGUCCAUUCAUUUCCAAUAGAAAUUCCAAACAAACUCUCACAAUGCUUCACCAUAUCGAUUCCUUCUCUGCUACAGCUAAACAGUCAUACAAUGAGAAAUCACCAAUGAGUAACGAUGCAUUUGCGAGUGAUUUUGCAUUCUUGUGUGAGGAGUUAUCCAAAGUCUUUUUUGAGAAUAACUUCAAGCCAGUUCUAUUUGAGAAGAGAUUAUUCCAAUUCCAUUCUACAGUUUGUCAAAUCUUGGAUUUACUUUCAACAAGUAGGAAUGGUCAAUUAUCUGAAAAGGAGACAAUGGAAAUUUAUAGAAUUAUUCUGCAGAAAUUAUUCCCAUAUUUAUAUUCUCUAAUUUCCUUGGACUUGGCAAAGAUUGACUCUCAACCAAACAUCAAGCCAUUGUGGGAUUACAUUCAGUCAUCCAUUCAAGAACCAGCCAUCUCACUCACCAACUCUAUGAAAUUCAUCACAGUAGCCCUUCCAAGCGAAACUCAUCAAUCACCAAGUAAGAGAAGAAAAUCACUUUCUCGAUCACUUUCAAAAUCUCAGAAAACUCUCAAAUUAGAAAUGUCAAAGGAAAAGUUUAAUUUAUUUGCGAGUAUUGGACUAGCCAAUAAUUCUCUUGAUCAGUACAUUUCUCAGAUAUUGCAAUCCUUCUCAAGAGAGAGGGUUUUGAAAUCUGAUUCUCCCCUCUGUUCUCUUCCAAUGCAAUCGAGUGUAGUUUCUGCUAUUCGUUCUCUACAAUUGAGUGGAAAUUUCAAGAAUUUAAUCGUCAAGAAUGAAUAA